CGCCACCCUUUAUAACCUUUGCACACUACUGUUGUUAUGUUUACAACUAUUUGGAAUCGAUAAUAUCGUGGAGAGUCAUUAAUCCCUAUGUUUUUUUUUUUUUUUUUCUUUUCUUACAAUUGAUAAUCUCCAAUAACAAUGUUGGCUGCUUCUUCCAUGGAGAAAGUACCUGCUAGCUCAUCUGGGAUUCAGCUUCCUCCUGGUUUCAGAUUCCACCCUUCUGAUGAAGAGCUCAUAGUUCAUUACUUGAAGAACAAAGUGAAUUCGAGUCCUCUUCCAGCUUCUAUUAUAGCUGAGAUAGAUUUAUACAAGUAUAAUCCAUGGGAGCUGCCAACUAAAGCUUGGUUUGGAGAUCAUGAAUGGUUCUUUUUCUCACCAAGAGACAGGAAGUAUCCUAACGGAGCAAGGCCUAAUAGAGCAGCGGCUUCGGGGUAUUGGAAGGCGACGGGGAUAGAUAAACCAAUCCUAACUUCGUGUGGAACCAAGAGUAUUGGAGUGAAAAAAGCUUUGGUGUUCUACAAAGGACGUCCUCUUAAAGGAACGAAGACAGAGUGGAUUAUGCACGAGUAUAGACUGCUUGAAACCAUGAUUUGGACUCCUAAGCGAAAAGGGUCCAUGAGGUUAGAUGAUUGGGUGCUUUGUCGAGUGAGGCAAAAAGCCUGCAUACAAAGGAACAGUUGGGAAGAUAGAAAUGUUACCGGUCAUGAACCAGAUAGUUAUCUCCCAAAAUUGAAUGAUCAGCUAUGGCCUUCAAACGCGAACGACGACGUUGAGAUGGCCAAAAGCUAUCCAUUCAAUGACUGCACCAUGUUACCUUACAUUUUUGCAUCUCAAGACCUUCCUUGCUUUGACACAACCUCAAGCAUUAGCUUCCAGAGCAGUGACAAAUCUUGCACUUCUGUCCAGGAGGCCAAUUCUGAUAAGAAGAAUUUGCUGAUUUCAUUUUCAUCUCUUGAAACCCUGUUUAAUCCUUUGGAAAGAAAGUCCGUGGAAGGUUACCAGGCCACAAAUUUUGUCCCAAGCAAAAGGCUCAUCAGGGAGGAUAGAGAGAAGGAGGAAGUACUAUCAGCAAGUAAUUGUUGUAGCAGUAACAUGAACUUUUAUAGAACAGAUCACUCCGAAGGCAACAAUUUUAGUCCAGAUCAAUGGAAUUCCAUCAUGCAAUACCAAGAGCUCGAUCUCCUGGAUUUCAUAGAAAAUGAAUAGAGACUUUAAGAGCGUGGAAAAAUCUAUACAUAAAUUCCCAAUGGUUUCUUCAGUGUGUUGAUGUGUGGAGAUAUACAGAGUUUGUGAUUACCGCCUACAUAGACAGAUUUGGUGAUUUCUAUUUCAUAUGAAUUUGUCUGUAAAUUAGUAGGGUGAUUGCGAGAUUUGAAACCUUCAUGGAUAUUUAUAUUGUAUUAAUGUACUUAUAUUAUAAGUACAUAUGGUAAAUCAAUAAAUGCCUUAUUGGCUAUACUAGAGCUCAGAUUAAAGGUCUGUUCAUGUAAUCUUUUGGCGUAAAUUUAGAGAGCCUUAAGCUCUAUUAUUGCUGUAAUUUACAGCGGAAAAACAAAUUUGUUAAAGUAAUAUGGUUCGGGAAAUGCUGUUCAACCUAGUGCUACACAUCACAAUGUCUAGAACAGAGCCAUGAAAUCAUCUUUUCUACCAACUCGUUUCAGUGGUACUCUCAUUUUCGUGAAAGAGAGAAACAAGGGAGAAUACAAUCAAUUGUUCUUCCGAAAUUAAUUCCCUUUUCAUUUGAACAUAAAAUUUAUAAUCGUUUUAUCUUAUUUUUUCUUUUUAAAAUAAAUUUACUAAUCAAAUCGGGUAAAAUCCAAAGCCCCCUCUAAAAUCCCCCUCAAAACAUCUUAAAAAACACUUUGACUGCUGUUGGAAGUUGGAACUCCAAAUCAUCCAAUUACAAGUACAUGUAAUCUUAUUCUUACCCAAGCAUUUGAUUCAAAAGUGUUUUGAAGUUAUAUCUUCUUUCUAGUACCCUUAUUGUCAAGCCCAAAAACCAAAAUUCAAACCGAGAGCCACAAUUUUGGGUUCCUACUGAAACCAAAAUACAAAUUAUGCCUUCAAGUUAGAACUGGUAAAGCCUUCAAGUCAGAACUGGUAAAGCCAUACCCGGCUGAUUAACAAUAAGUAAUCAGCCAGUAGCAAGAUUAUUCCAACAGGGGAUACGCUAGCAUAAAUGACAAAACCAUGUCUCUCUCUCUCUCUCUCUCUCUCUCUCUCUCUCUCUCUCGACAUCUGUUGCUGAGAUUCUUCUAAUCCAAUAAUUAUGAUAAGCUCUACCUAAAUGACAAACGUAUGGAUUAGUAUGACCUCUCUAAGAACAUGUGUAAAGACUAAAUUACUAGUAAAUCUAACAGAGGUUAGAAAUGAUUUUCAUUUCCCAUUCUGCUGUAUAGUUCAGCUAUGAAAUACUCGAAACUUUUUCACUUUUUUAUUUGGCUCUAUCUCCGCACUGAAAUUGGUUUCACACACACAGGGUUCCAAGCAGUUUUGUAUCCGUCUACUCAACACAACUUUAAUCUCUAAUCAAUGAGAGAGUUAUAAUCAAAAUC